ACACGGCUUGCCCAAUAUGUAUUUACAAUAGGUCUCAUUCUACAGGUAGACGUUGUGAAAUGAUGAGAUUAUGUGGCUUGGUGUGUCUUUUAUUCGUCUUUGGGAGUAUAGAUGGCGCCGAGGAAAAUAUUGAAGUUUCGGGCCCCAUAACGGUUGCCGUGCCAGUCGAUCUACGCCGACACCGACAAGACAACUCACAGCUACCGAAUGUCGCACAACGCGCCAUACUCGACGCACAACGCCCCAUACUCGACGCACAGCGCCCCGAACUCGACGCACAGCGCCCUCAACCCGACGCACAGCGACCCAAACCCGACGCACAGCGCCCCAAAUCCGACGGAAAGCCCGGGUUGAGGAGUCCCAAAAUAUCGUUGAAACCUCACAAGUCCAACUCGAAGCGUCACCAAGUUAACUUACAGCGUUACCAAAAUAUGUUGAAGCGGGCUCACCCCCCACGCGAUAUCGGCCGCCAUCGCCCAUCGAAGAAGGACGUCGGUCGCAUCCGAAACGCCCACGACGUGAAAUAUGUCGUUGACCACGAGUACGUCCGCAGCGGAAACCUGACGGACACGCUUAACUACCCGUACAUGGCGGCCGUGAUGAUCAACGGGAGGCUGUGGUGCGCGGGGGCCAUAGUCGAUGUCGGCUGGGUGCUCACGGCGGCUCAUUGUCUUAACUAUGUGUUAUCAGUGCUCUCCGUGAAGCAACUCAACCGCUACGUGAAGGUCCGCGUCGGCAGUGUAAAGCCCCAUGAGGGGGGGGAGCUGGUGGACGUCACUGGUGCCGUGAGGCAUCCCAAGUAUGAGGAGGAACCGGUGCCUCAUGCUGACGUGGCGCUGCUGAAGCUACAGGACAACCUUCAAUUCUCGAAAUACAUAAACUUGAUUCGGAUCUAUGACGGGUCCCGCGAGCCGUAUGCGCAGAGCUUCAUCACCGUGGCAGGAUGGGGGGCCACCUCAGGUUCAGAAACAGCGUUCCGCGAGCAGUCGUCCAACUUGCUCGUGGCCCGGCUGAAGGUCCGCACCCGCCAUUACUGCGAGGAUGCCUACCAGCUGGUGAACGGCUUCCAAUUCGGUGACGACAUGUUCUGCGCGUCUCUCAGGAACGGGACCAGGGAUGCUUGUCUGUUUGAUGCAGGCGCCCCGGCAGUACAACACAACGCUCUUAUGGGCAUCAUGAGCUUCGGGCCUGAGCGCUGUGGAGGCAUGCAGCCUGCGGUCUUCAUCAAGGCUUUAUACUUCAGGGAAUUCGUGAAAUACACCAUAGUACAGUACAAGUCAACCAGCGAUAUCAUCGAGGCCAUGAAAGAAGCGGAAAGCGCUCCGAUUCCGCCCGUAAUGGACAUUCCAAGGACAUAGCGGACUACUCUCGUUUGAAUGUUAUAUGCGAUAUUGAAAUAAUAAACCGGAGUGGAGUUUACUAUGGA